AUGUCCCAAAAGAACAUUGUCACUUGGACAGCCAUGCUCACAUUAUAUGCCCAAAAUGGUCAAAUCGGUAACGCACGCAAACUGUUCGAUGAAAUGCCUGAAAGAACACCUGCUUCUUAUAAUGCCAUGAUCUCUGCUUACAUUCGCAAUGGUUGUAAUGUUACCAAAGCUUAUGAGGUUUUUAACUCGUUUAAUGACCGAAAUGCGGUGUCCUAUGCUGCCAUGAUCAUGGGUUUUGCUAAGGCAAGGAAGUUCCACUUGGCUGAGAAACUUUACCUUGAAGCUCCAAUUGAAUUUCGUGACCUGGUUUGUUCCAAUGCUUUAAUAAAUGGGUAUUUGAAAAUGGGCGAAACAAAUGAAGCUUUGAGGGUUUUUGAGAAUGUGGGUGAGAGUGAGAGGGAUGUGGUUUCUUGGAGUGCAGUAGUUGGUGGUUUGUGUAGAGAUCAGAAGAUUGGUUAUGCUAGGAUAUUGUUUGAUAGAAUGCCGGAGAGAAAUGUGGUUUCUUGGAGUGCAAUGAUUGAUGGGUAUAUGGAGAAAGGUUUGUUUGAAAAUGGGUUUUGUGUGUUUUUGGAUAUGAGGAGGGAAGGGGUUGUUGAGGUUAAUUCAACUACCAUGACUAUAAUGGUUAAAGGGUGUGGAAAUUGUGGUGGUGUGAAAGAGGGAAUGCAGAUUCAUGGGUUGGUUUCAAGAUUGGGAUUUGAGUUUGGUAGUGUUUUGACUAAUACUAUCAUCACUAUGUAUUCCUUGUUUGGUUGCAUUGACAUGGCAAAGAAAGUGUUUUGUGCUAUGGGUAAUAAAGAUUUAGUUAGUUGGAAUUCUUUGAUUUCUGGAUAUAUUUAUAACAAUGAAGUUGAUGCAGCUUAUGGGGUUUUUGAGAGGAUGCCAGAGAAGGAUUUGAUUUCUUGGACGGCCAUGAUCACGGGGUUUGUUUGCAAAGGAAGGAAGAAUUGA